AUGGCGCACACAAACACAGAAAAGAUGACCAAGAAGCUGCUGUCAUUUUCGUCUACCUAUUUUCCCGUUUCUGUAUCGCCUGUGAAGCUGUCUGCUGUGGAAGAAAGGGCGGAGAAAAUCUACAAAGAAAGGACAAGAAAAAUCAGCGAAGAUCGUCCACAACAAGGGCCGAUCGCUCAUCUCUGCCAAACAGUCUCACUGGAUUGGGACACUCCAACAAGCUGUCCACUUCGCUGGAAAUUGAUCCUUAACAGCGUGAGAAAGAGUAAAAGCGAUGGUAAAUUUGCAAGGCUAAUCAUUGGAGGAGAGGGCGGGGAAGGCCACUUCUUCUCACUCUUCGGUUCCAUCUCUCUGCCACAGGCUCCAAAAUCCUGCCUUUUUCGUCUUCCUCUAUCUCUGUCGGCAUCUCGCACUUUGAUGGAUUCCAAGGUGCCGCAGGAGGUCCCCAAGUUUCAGCAGAAGAAGGGGGAUUCCGCCACGGCCUCGUCGGGAUCGCAAAGCAGCGACCUUUUGCCUUCUACGGGAUCGGGGGCGUCGGCGGAGGCGGCGGCGGUGGAGCAAAGGAGGCAGCUUGCGCCAAAGAGGAGCUCCAACAAGGAUCGGCACACCAAAGUUGACGGCCGGGGGAGGAGGAUCAGGAUGCCCGCCCUGUGCGCCGCCAGGGUGUUCCAGCUUACGCGGGAAUUGGGGCACAAGUCCGACGGGGAGACCGUCCAGUGGCUCCUGCAGCAAGCAGAGCCCUCCAUCAUCGCCGCCACCGGCUCCGGAACAAUCCCGGCGUCGGCUCUCGCCACGGUCGCCGCCGUCGGUUCUGUGUCCCGUUAUGGCUCCACUGGCCUUGCCGGGCUCCAACCAAAGCUGGACGAGGUAGGUCACGGAAGCGCCUCCGCGGCGCGGGCUAACUGGGCCUUGGUUGGGCCUGCAGGCCUCUCUAGGUCUUACCCUGGCUUGUGGCCGCCGCCAGGGCUAGGAGGCGGAUUCAAUUACGGAUUCUUGCAUUCGAUGGCGGCCGCCUCCCCAUCAAGCUCGAACCUUACAACCGGGGGCGGUGGAGAUGGCUCCGUCGGCAACUUUGUGCAAAGGAUGGGGCCGCACGGACUCGACUUGCCCAACCCCAAUUUGGGAGCAAUGAGUUUCGCAUCGAUGCUCGGAGGCCAUGGACACCAGUUACCCGGUCUGGAGCUUGGCCUCUCGCAAGAUGCCCAAAUUGGGGUUUUGAAUCCACAUGCCGUGAACCAGUUCUAUCAGCAGAUGGUACCCGGGAGGUUGGCUGCUGGCGCCGACGGCGGCCGGCAGUUGCAACAACAUCUGCGACUGCCGCCGUCGCAGCAGACUCAUCAGAAGGAUGAGGAGGAGGAGGACGAUUCACGGGAGGGUUCAGAACAUUAAGGAGGAGAGCACUCAAUCUGAGUUAAAGCUGCUGCAAAAUUUGAGCUUUCGUUUUGUUUGAUUGUUUUUCAACUUUGUUUCAAUUCAACUAGAAAGCAAGAAAGAUGGACAAUGGAACUUCAUCUUUCUUCCCGUACUUUCUCUGCAAACUACACUUUGGUUUUCAAGCUCAGGUGUGCAAUAACAGAGCUGGAUAUGUCGACCGGAAGCUGAGUGUCCUUUGAUCGAGAUCAACUUGAGGAGAACGGUUCAAAAGUGAACUCGUGAGCAUCUUUGGCGGGCGAGUUGCGGUGUGAUUAUUUUAUGAAAAAAUAGCUCUUUCUAUAGCGAGUUUGGCUGAUAAUUUUGUGCAAGUAUUACGUGAUGUUUAUAUGCUUUAGUACUAAUAUGCCGAUAUGAAUUGGUGUAUCAAUUUGGGAAUUUAAUGUUGCCAUUAUGUGUCGAUGCA